AUGACCAAACUGGGCUGGUACCGUGGAUCUCGUCCCCAGGAACUUGCUGCUUGGGGACCUGCGGGGAGCCGGAAGUACGGCCUCAAGAUCCCCCAAUACUAUCGGGAAACGGAAGUGGCCAUCGAGCCCAGAGAUAGUACCAGUACCAGUAUGGAGGGGCCUGACAGCCUGGAGGUGCUGGUGAAGACCCUGGACUCACAGACCCGGACCUUUAUUGUGGGGGCCCAGAUGAAUGUAAAGGAGUUUAAGAAGCACAUUGCUGCGUCUGUCAGCAUCCCCUCCGAGAAACAACGACUUAUCUACCAGGCUCGAGUUCUGCAGGAUGAUAAGACGCUCCAGGAAUACAAUGUUGGGGGAAAGGUUAUCCACCUGGUGGAACGGGCUCCUCCUCAGCUUUGGCUCCCUUUUCUGGCAUCUUCUGGGACAGGGUCUACCUCAGCCACCUAUGGUGGGGGACCCCCGCCUGGUACUUGUGGGCCUAGGGCCUCUGUUCGUGACCGGAAUGCCAACAGCUAUGUCAUGGGCGGAACCUUCAAUCUUCCUAGUGAUGACGGCUCUGCUGUAGAUGUUCCCACCAACAUGGAACAGGCCCCGAUUCAGAGUGAGCCCCAAGUCCAGCCAGAGAUGGCUCAGCACAUGAUCGGGGAUAUAGAGACCUUCCUACCCUGGAGCGAGUGCCGAGGUGGGUCCCAAGCGCAGCACAGUCUGCUGCCCCCUCAGACACCAGCUGUGGCCCCGGGGCCAGUAGCCUUGAGCUCUCAAACAGCAGAGCCGGCCAAAUGUGAAGUGCGCCCUCUGGAGGCCGUGGAGGCUGCGGAAGUGGAGAAGCGUGCCGCCGCCCAGAGCCGGGAGCUCACCCCUUCCCGCCCAGGCCCAGCGGGCCCAACACCAGCCCCAGAGACAAAUCCACCUAACCGUCAUGUCAAGGUGCUUCCGGAGCUGUAGCUGCUCGAGAGCCGCCUCCAGCCCUGCCUGCAGCGAUACCGUGAGAUUCUGGAUGCCGCCGCCGCCGCCACCACCUCGGACAACAGCAAUGUGAGCCCCGCUUCCCCACCACCUCCACUACUCCCCAGGUGGAACAGGGUGAAGUGCAGAUCACCCCUUCCCCCCAAAAAAGACAUUGUCCGCAACAAAAUGGUUUCUGUCUGGACUUGCAAGUAA